AUGGCGACUGAGAGGAGUCAUACAAUAGGAUUCUGGCACUCUUACAAGCCUUGCAGGUGUGCCUCCCAGCCAGGAAUCCUGAUCAUAUCAGAUAGAUCACAGGCCAUUCGCGCCACUCUCAAUGCACCUCACAGUGGAUGGCAUCCCUCGUCAGCAUAUCAUGCUUACUGCAUCCGACACAUGGCUUCAAACUUCAACUCCAGGUUCAAAUCGACCGAGGAUAAGAGGUAUCUGAUAAAUGUGGCGUACAAUCCGAGUAAGGAAGGAUGCAACUGGUACUUGGAUAUUUUAGGUACACUAUCCCAUGAUAUGGUGGAUUGGGCUCUUUGUUUCAGGAAGGAAUUGUGGUUGCAACAUUGCGACGAAGGUCGUCGGUAUGGUCACAUGACUACGAACCUAUUGAAGUGUAUAAAUGCUGGGCUGAAGGGAACGAGGAAUCUUCCGGUCGCAGCGAUUGUUUGGGCAAUGUAUGAGAGGUUACAACAGUUGUUCAUGCGCAGAGGACGCGAAGCCCAUGCUCAGUUACAGGGUGGUCAGAUCUACUCGCAGCAGCUGUUAGCAGCUAUAGAUAAGAACAGAGAGAGUCUGCCGAUGGUGCUAGUCACCCAUUGUGAUCGUAGGGCAUCCGUUUUUAACGUGGAAGAGAUGGAGCCAGUAGAUGGUUGGUCACAGACUUCAUAUUGGGUUCAUAUGACCGAGCGUACAUGCGAUUGCGGUCUAUUCCAGUCAUUGCAUUUCCCAUGUCAACACGCCCUGGCGGCAUGUGCAGCUGCGAGUAUUGAGUGGGGUAUUUUUGUGGACCCUGUGUACACAAUGGCCUCUGUAUUCAAGGUAUACGAGAGGGAGUUUUCGCUGAUACUAGACGAAAAGAUAUGGCCUCCAUGA